CGGCCGUUGGAGGAGGCCCUGAGAUAAAUGGUGCCCUUUUCCUGAGGGGAAGUGCAGGCCUGGGAAGCUCAGCACGUCGACAUGGGACGUCGGCCACUAGACUCUGAAGAAGAAAGGCCAAGCCGGAGAAGAAGGCCACGAAGCCGGCGACGACGUUCGUCGUCCAGGAGUUCUUCAGGCGGGAGGAAGCCCCUCCAGAAGGAGGAGGGCAGGGAAUCGAGGUCGAAGUCAAGGCCUUGGUCUGGAGAUCUAAGGGCCGGUUCCCGUUCGCACGAAAAAAGGCGGAGACGCCGAUCGAGCAGCAGCUCUUCUCACGGAUCCAGAAGGAAACGCAGCAGAAGCCGUUCGAGGGGACGGGGGAAAUCUGGUAGAUCCGGGGGGGACAGGAGGGAAAAGAAGUCAGGAAGGGCCCGGAGCCGGAGCAGCAGAGGAACGGGUCGAGAACGGCGUAGAGGCAGAGAUAAAGAACAACCUGAAAAGGAGAGGGAGAAAGGGAAAGAUGCGGAAUUGCCCAAGCCGACGCUUGGGGAUUCGGGAAACCUCAGGAUUGGGUUGGAGCGGCCGGUCCCCGCCAAAGCCAGGUUGGUUCCCGAAGCUGCUCCAGAGGCAGACGAAGUCCUGACGGCUAAUGUAAGAGGUGAGGAAGAAGCGCAAAGGAAAAUAAGAGAAGACCAAGCCACGCUGGGAGAGCAAGUGAAACGAAUAAAGGAAAUUGAAGCCGUUGAAAGCGACUCCUUUGUCCAGCAGACAUUCAGAUCAAGUAGAGGAGUCAAGAAGGCAUCUAAAUGUGGACAGAAGAGUGAAUGUGCAACGUCGGUGGUGGUGUUUGCUGACCUGUCCAUCGGUGAGAAAGACGCCGGUGCCAUUCCUACGUCUAUCAAGUACCACGACGAUGAUUCCCUCGCCCAUCCAAACCUAUUUGUUGAGAAGGCCAAAGCAGAUGAAGAGUGGUUCAAGCGAUUAAUUACCCUUAGGCGAGAAAGACUGAUGGGCAGUCCUGUGGCCUAAGUAGCUUUUGAGUGACCGUUCGGACGCGGGGAAUUCCAGGCUUUUACGUUUCGAAGUUUUGAAUAUCACAAAGAACUGUUCCAGAAGAAAGGAGAGCACUGGAAAAAGUGACGUGACUCGAUAAAUAUAUCGUUCAGGACACCUUUCCUUUCCUCUGAUUAGGAGUGUUGUGUUGUUGGGAAGUUUGAGGGGAAAUUUGGAGAUGGUCCUCGAAUAAUGAGACUGCCAUUAAAAGUGCGAACUCAUCAA